GCAUAUCCGAUAGGUCGCCAGAUACGUCCCGGAGUGGAGAAUACGUCGGAGCACCGAGGCCUCAAGCGCUUGGGAACAGGUUCCUGAUCACCAAGCGACUUCGGCUCUCUGUUGAGCUUCUCCGGAUCCACCCGCCGGAAUAUCUCCUAUCGGUUCAUCAUUCUCUGCCAGCAGAGCCUCUGCAAUGACGCUGAACACGGACACCUCGGUCUCGUACCACAGACCAGAGUCUGAAAGUCUACUGGGAGACUCGAAGACAGCACCAGUCACCCUUGGCCCCGGUUGGGAAUCUCGUCACUCGAAUUCAGAUUUGGUUCAUAGUUCCAAGAUGGACGAAGAAAAAAACACGCCCUCUGAUCGAUGCAAUUUCCUCUUCCUGAUCCUGAUGCUGCAUGGAGUCGGAACGCUCAUGCCGUGGAACAUGUUCAUCACGGCCAAGGAAUUUUUCACCGAAGUGAAACUGAACACUAGUUUGAUCCCGGAUACGACGUCGACGGACUUUUCACAUCUCAAAACCUACAAUGCCGGUUUCAUGGGCUAUAUUAUAUUAGCCAACCAACUGCCGAACCUUAUCUUCAACUUCAUAAACUUGUUCGUUCAGUUCGGCGCGGACAGUCUCGGACCGAGGAUCGCUGGUUCUCUAAUAUUUGAGAACGUUCUGUUCAUCCUGACCUCGAUCAUGGUCAUGCUCGACACGUCCGGCUGGCCGAUCAUUUUCUUCUUCGGCAUCAUGAGCAUCGUUGUCUUGUUGGGCGCCGCUGGAGGGAUUUAUCAGAACAGCAUUUUCGGUCUCGCGGCCAAUCUGCCCGGAAAGUACACAGGGGCGAUCGUUCUCGGGACGAACGUCAGUGGCACUUUGAUUUCAUCCGUGAGCAUACUGACGACCUACGCGGCCCCGAGUCCGAAGACGGCAGCGAUCUACUAUUUCAUUUCAGCCUUAUUCAUACUUCUGUUGUGUUUGGAUACGUACUUCGCGCUUCCUCUGCUGAAGAUCUUCCGUUACCACCAAAAAAGAAACAGGCAGAUCGCCGACAAUGCGGGGAGGAAACCGAGUCUGAUUGCGGUGUUCAAAGAAUGUUGGUUCAAUUGUUUGAACGUCUUCCUCUGUUUCUUCGCGACCCUGGCAUGCUUCCCCGGGAUAACGUCGGAGAUCGUCGCUGUCGAUGAGAAUUUCCCAGUGAGCAGCACGUACUACGUAAAGCUCUUCUGUUUCCUAUUCUUCAAUCUGUUCGCCAUGAUCGGGAACAUGCUCCCAGCCUACAUCAAGUUCCCGAGUGCGCCAGGACAAACGUUCUUCUGGGUGCUCAUUCGACUCCUUUUCAUACCGUUCUUCAUGAUGUGCAACUUCAGCCCCGACAAGCGUAUCACCGGAACGCUCUUCUCUGAUUAUGUCUACAUCGGCGGUAUGGUUCUCUUCGGACUGACGCACGGACACUUGUCGUCGCUCGCGAUGAUGCAGUCCACCUACCGGGUUGCCGACAAGCACGCCAACCUGGCUGGAAUGAUGGCGGCCUUCUUCUUGGUUUUGGGCAUUUUCUUGGGCGGCAACUCGAUUUUCCUGAUAAAAUACUUAUUCCUGCAGACACCGGCUGCUCCCUAGUCGCCCUGAGGUGCCUGCUAUACAUGAAUGUCUAUCAGAUUGUUUAUUGUGCUUGAAAACGUGGUAUGAGACUUAUCCUCGGUGGACUCUCGGGUACUUAAUAAGGAAGUUCUGAGUGAAUACCUAUUCGAAUGAAAGAGUGAGCUCGAAAAGAAGCAGGAUUGUGAACAACAACAACAACCACCUCGAAGCUUUAAACACGGGACCAUACCCGGUUUCACAGCAUACUCUUCUUAUCGUUCCACUCCUGACCGUGUCGAGAGCGGGGUUAAAACACAAGGCAAUUCGCGCCUGAAUCUUGCCGACGGCGGAAAUGUUGAAGUCAUCAAAAUUAAGACGAAAUUAUCGUUGUAUUAUAGAGUAUAGAGUGUGAAUGGACGAACAAAAGGACUGAUGGAUCGCUCGGGAAGAUACAAAGAGAUAUAUAGCAUUCGGCGAGUCUUAUCAAGAUUAUCAUGUGUAUAUGACCGAUUCCCUAGGGAUGGAAUAAAUAUUUAUCUUAUUU